UCGCUUUGUAUACUUAGAUAUUAAUAAUUUAAUAGGAUUAUGUGUAUUAUUAUAAAGACAGAUUACAUGUCAUGUUUCAUUGUAUUUGUAAGAUUUCUAGGCCAAAUUAACUUUACUUUAUAUUUCAAUUAGAAUGUCAAGUUCGGAAGCAAGUGUUGGGUGUAUUAGUGAAGUGACAUUAGCAAUUAAUAAAACAAAAGGAUCACAUCCAGUAAAUAAUAUAAGAGUACUUGAUAGUCCUAAUUCUACAUGUUCUGGAAAUUCAAAUUCCUUUACAGUCCAGCAUUUUGACUAUAAUGAUGAUGAAAGCCACAAUGAGAACUCAGAAUUUCAAGAAACACCAAAUAUGAAUAAUUUAAGAAUACCUAUUGUGGGAUAUGAAGUAAUGGAAGAGAGAGCUCGAUUUACUGUGUAUAAAUUAAAAGUAGAAUUUAAAAAUGGAAACUGCUGGUUUGUUUUUCGUCGAUACACUGAUUUUGUUAGAUUAUUUACACAGUUAAGACGCCAAAAAGCUUCUGUAUCUCAUUUAUCAUUACCUAGAAAAAAGUGGCUCGGUGAUAAUUUUGCUCCAAGUUUUCUGGAAGAAAGGAUAAGAGGACUUCAAUUAUUUGUUAAUGGACUGUUGAACAGUCCUAAUUUAGUUAGCUUGGGUUGUGUUAAAGAAUUUUUUUGUCUUGAUGAACCUCCUGCCUUGUCAGAUACGGUAGAAGAAUCUAGAGCUAUAUUUGAAGCUCUGGAGGACACCAUUUAUCAUUUACGUCAGCAAUUAAAAGAAAGAGAUAAUGCUCUUACUGUAGAAACAAAUCUUUGUAACGAGUUACGGAAAAAACUUCAUAAUGUUUUAACUGAAUCUCAAACUUGUUCAAAUUGUGGUGCAAAUAGCUUUUCCAAUAUAGAAAUUUAACAAUACAAUUGAUGAAUUUCAUUUAAUA